AUGCCGCGAUCAGAGUGGUAUAGGUCCAGCCUAUGGAUCUUCAAGCCCAAAGCAAUUGAGCGAAUCAUAGCUGAGCUGAAGGAAGCAAGCCCCAGUAAUUCUCAGUUCACCUACGAUGCCGAGUACAACUGGUUCCAUAUCAUCUGCCACCCCGAUGACGCCAAAUCCAUACGGCAAUCACUCAGCCGCAUCAGUCAUGAAAUUGAAGACGAGACUUUUGACAAGGACGAGGACAAAAUUUUGACUCCUGAAGGGGUCCUCCGGGAAAACUUCGAGACCGACCUGAUCAGCCUCGUACACAUCUCGGGCACAGAGGCUGAGGCUCUCAAGGCUCUCGCCUUCCCAGAGCGGUUUUCACAGUUCAGUCACAAGGCCAUUUGGGACAAGCUCGACUCUGAACAAGACCACUUCGGAACUGAACCUCUCACAAUUCACGAUAUCGUCACCGAAACUGGCUUCAGACAGCUUGAGAGCGAUACUGGCGCCAUGAUUUCUUUUACCCCUUCUGGAGCCCUAAUUUACCUUGGGGCUAAUAACCAAGAGUCGAUCGACGAGAUUCAACAGAGGCUCGAUGUUUUACUCGAGCUCAAGAAAACUACCCAGCCGCAGCCUGAGCAUCUGCUGUUUGCUGAGGACUACGUUGAAAAGAAACUUCCAGAGCUCACGGCUGAUACCCGCUACAUGGUCAAUAUCGAGCCUAAGCUAGCCUCCACAACUCUCCUAGAUCGGCUCAAGGUCCAAGACCUGCAGGGCAAUUAUAAGAAACUUUACGAGGAAGGAUGCUCAAUCCGACUCUGCACAUACGACUGCGACUUGAAAUAUCAUUUCUCGUUGCUCGGCCCCCCGAUAAUCGGCCGAUCUAGCAGAAAGUACAUUUUUGGGAACCGUCCAAUUGCCAAAUCCAAGAACGUAGAGGGGUCCUUCGUCGCUGCCAAUCCACAGCCACCCAUCGCGCUCGCCACGCCGGCUACGCCGGUUACACUUGUUACCACACAGGUUAACCAGCAUAUUGACCCGACUUUUACCCAGACGACUUAUCGAGCGUCCAGCAAGGAAGAGAAGGUAUCGAAGUGGAUCGAAUCCAUCCCAGACAAUGCUGGCAUUAUAUCGUGCCCCGGUAGUCCUGAAGGCGUUACCCAAGCCUCUCAGGUAUCUGGUGCCAUACGAUCUGCGGCCCGAACCUCAACUGUUAGUUCUAAAACUUCAUCAGCCGACCAAACUCCCGGUUCAGGCGUUCGGUAUACCGCCUCUGGAUCUCUGAUCGAAUUGUUUCCCAGUGGCUCUGGCAGUGGCUCUUCCAAUUCCCUAGGUACAUCUAUUACCUGGAGCAUGAGCCCGCUAGUUCCUCAGACGGUUUCGAAAACGACCAAUCUGGGGCGUUCGGCGAUACGAAGUGACUCUGUCGUAGGGGUGCUAGCCACUUCACCUUCCACUCCCACCACACCGACUCCCCCAGUAAAAGUCUUAGAGAGGGACGAAAAGGAUGCUCAUCGAUUUAGACGUUACUUGGAGUCCGGGGCCAAUGGCUUCCAGACAAUGAAUCAGCAAGCAAAGUCGAAAAAGAUGGCCCAACCUCUCGGAAAAGAGAAUGCCACUUGGGUAGAGAAGUCCCCACCGACCUUUACUGAGGAGAUUCACACGGCCAUGACAAGGCUGCUCGCCACGGGCCCGUAUUUACGCGGAAGAGUCUCCGUAAGUGCGGAAUUUGGUCGGGCAAUCCUUUUGAAAAUGGACCCAUCCGGCCUAUCCUACAAUGCCUCGGGGUCGCCUAGCAGUGGCUGGGGCAAAACAGUCCUGAUAGACCAUCUGAACAGCUUGAUGACUAAAGACGAAACCUUUCAGUUUACAACCAUCCUCGGCACCUUUGCCGCAGAUGUGGACACUAUGAUCAAUACUAGAGAUAAAGAUAAUUGCCUAUGGAAGGAGAACCCGACCUCCUCUUGGACCGUUUAUUCGUUUCAUUGUUUCAGUACCAGCCCGCCGGGCCGCUUCAUUGUCGAUAUUAUAGAUGAUCUGACGAAUGGCUUCUCCUAUAAGCUACAGCGGUACACUCGACGUCUCGGUUUCAAUGGAAAUGUCGCUGUUUACGUCCAUGGAUUGCUUCGCAACUGGGACUUGCGUAUAAAACUUUCCCACGAUGACGAUGAAAUCAACGAGCAACUAUUCAGCACCUUUGCUAGGGCGCUCAUAGAUUCACUGAGAAUUAGUAGAAACAUCGAAGGACCAAGCGGCCUUGAGCUACAAUUUCCCCUGAAGAGCGACUUUGGCGUCAUCAUUCGGGAUGUCCGUGUUACCACCAAGUGGCGUUAUCUCAGCCCCAAUUCCAGAAGCGCACUCGACGUCAGCGAAGUUGAGCAGCUAGAGGUUGAGCCUGUUGGUGGCGGUGCCUUCCGCACCGGUGGAGGCAACCAAAGCGCACAGUCGGCUCGGUCCUGGACCCCAGAAACAGCCAAGAAGAAGAAAGAUGAGGGAGAGUUUCCUCGCUGGUACGAAGCCUCCAUCACCUCCACUAGGGCGGAGGCUCUUUUCUUGCAGAACAAGUCACUACGCCUUGGCCAGAAAGCAGAGUGGGACGCCAAUACCCUCCUCGAGCAGCAUAUCUUUGAGGACAUCUACGGUCCAGCUCUGCAAAUGCUGAAGACUAUGGACCAUGUGGGUGGGAACGACAACAGCAACAUUAUGAAGAAGAUCAAGAUGAAUAUACCCAGACGAAACAAUCCAAAACCCGUUGUGCCGGGUAACGUUCCCGUCACAAGGAGAACCCCUCUCACAAAGAAGGAACGCAAGAGGGCCCUGAAUUCUCUCACGGAAGUAUCGGAUUCGUUUCCCACCGAAUCUGACAACGUCUCUACUCAGUCGCGCCCUUUCUGGUGA